AUGAAAAUGACUGGGUAAAUAAUUUAUGAUCUUGAUUCAUUAUUUGAUGAAUCAUAAGUGAUGAUAUAUUACAAACCUCAUGUGAGAGGAUUAUUUGUCGAUUUUGAUAAAUUUAUGGGAUAAAUUUCUGAAUCCAUCAAUUAUUAAAGAUUACUCAAUAGCUUAUAUAUUUUAACCAUUUGCCCCUGA